AUGGCCGACGACUCCAAGACUGGUUCCAAGAUUAUCGAACCCGUCCUUGAUAAUGCAAGUGUAAUAGACGACGACGAUGCUGCUCUUCGUGCGUUGGGCUAUGUUCCUAGCUUUAAGCGCGAGUUUUCCAACCUGUCUACGAUCUCCUUUGCGUUCAGUAUCAUGGGUCUGUGCUCAUCGAUAGCGAGUACUCUGGACGUGCCUUACACACUCAGUGGUCCUUCAGCUGUGAUAUAUUGCUGGAUUCUGGGUGCGACCAUGUGCUUCACCCUCGGGUGCAGUAUCGCCGAGAUUAUCAGCGCUUAUCCGACAUCUGGCGGGCUUUACAUGGCUAGCGCAUCCCUGUGUCCCAAACGUUUUCGUGCACCUGUCGGGUGGGUGGUCGCCUGGUUAAAUCUUCUUGGACAAGGUUGUUCUACGGAGUAUGGUUUGAGUAACAUGAUUUGGGCCGCUGUUUCGGCCACCCGGGACGAAGGCUAUACACCCAGCCAGGGACAAGUGGUCGGCCUUAUGAUAGGGCUUCUUCUGGUGCAUGGCUUGCUCAACUCUCUCCCUACUCGUCAUCUCGCCUUCAUGACCCGAUAUUUUGUAUUUGUCAAUUUGGGCACGACCUUCUUGAUCAUUAUCGUGCUCCUGGCGACGACGCCUCGUAGUCAAAUGAACCCCCCCAGUGUAUUGUUCGGAUCAGCAGGUAUCUCAAACGGGACGAGUGGUAAUGGCGUCGUGUCAUGGCCUACUGGGAUCGCGUUUCUGUUCGGCUUGCUGAGCGUUCAAUGGACUAUGACCGAUUAUGACGCCACGGCUCAUAUUUCAGAGGAAAUCAAAAGGGCUGCGUACGCUGCACCAGCUGCAAUUGUCAUUGCUGUCGUUGGAACUGGCCUGAUCGGAUGGCUGUUCAAUAUCAUAAUCAUGCUUUGCAGCGGACCAGUCUCAGACGAACUCUUGCUGGGUGGUGUCGUUAUAAAGGUCAUGGUAAUGAGGAUGGGUCGGGCAGGCGCAAUGGUGCUGUGGGCUGGAGUCUGUGCCACGGCCUUCUUCGUCGUUCAGACUGCCCAGCAGGCUACAAGCAGAACAAUCUUCGCUAUAUCGCGGGAUCAUGGUCUCCCGGACCGCGGGUUCUUUGGACACAUGACAGAGGCAACGAAAACCCCCCUACGUGCCGUAGCUUUGGCCACAUUCCUAGCCAUUAUUCCUGGUUUCCUUGCUCUCGCAAGUACUACUGCCGCUGGAGCCAUUUUCGCAAUGUGUGCCGUCUCGCUCGAUCUAUCGUAUAUUAUUCCUAUUGCGUGCCGUCGUAUCUUCGCCAAGCAUCCAGAAGUCAUGUUUAAGCCAGGACCGUUUUAUAUGGGCGAUGGAUGGCUUGGAGUCGCCGCCAACGUGAUUUGUAUCUCAUGGACAUGUUUUAUCUGUGUGAUCCUCUCACUGCCAAAUGUCCUCCCAACCUCGGCGAAGACAUUCAACUACGCUGCUCCAAUCACGGGACUUGUGCUUCUGCUCUCAACCCUGUGGUAUCUGGUCAGUGCCCACAAGCACUAUAAAGGGCCGCGUACUCGGGCAGAGAUCGAAGCUGUGCAAGAGCAUGAAGCCGACAGGAAGGUCAAGGAAGACCUGGAAACUCCGCCGGUGGCGGCAUAG